AUGGGUCGUCAACUUCGCAGUGCUCUGUCUUGUCUGCUGUUAGUUAGUUUAUCGCAGGCAGCCGACGUAUAUCUCAGCCCAUCUCAACCAUUUCCAUCCCGGCUUUCCCUACAGCAUGCUGGUUUCGUCUUGUCGCAACAUCUGGGUCUCGAGCCAAUCGAGAAUUUCCAGAAUUAUGGCGAACUGCUAAGAGAGCACGAGUUUGUCGCACAAGGGACUUCAAACGCGUUGUUUCUACUAGUAGACGAUGUUAGUUUACAAGAUAUCAUUCCUUCUCUCAUGAGCCGCUCGUUCUCGAUUGUAGGGGCACCCACUAGUUCCCUUACUUCUUUUGUGUCCUCAUAUCUGCAACGCGCUGCUCAUGCAUACUCCCUCGUCUACUCUGAUCUCGUUAUUCCCCCAGAAGGCAUUCCUCGGACUCUUGACAUCUUUUCUGCCCCAACACCCGCAAACGAAGCUUUCCUUGCAGAAAUCUCAACACUUACCAAAUUCGUCGAGCCAACCGCAGAUAUUUACGAUGACAAGUUCGCGUCUUUGGAGUUAACAGGACUGUCCCAACUCGCAGCUACACACGGUCGUUCAAGCGACCAGUACCAGCUUGCAGCAAGAACAGUCCGAGCCGUUCUUGAAGCCAGUACUGCUGAUGCAAAGACCCGCGUCGCCGUCUUGUCUUACACUCCAUCUCUUAUAUCGGACAAACGACAACCGCAGCCACCGCAGCAGUCACCCCUCUCAGCACUGCUCCCACCCGCAGGACCGCCAAUUCGUCGUCUGGCCUCUUGCCUCACGAGUGCUGAGGCCUGUUCCAACGCGACCAAUUCUUGUUCCGGUCACGGGCAGUGCGUGAGCACCCUCAGUGCUGAACAGGAAUGUUUCGCUUGCGCUUGCUCUGACACCAAGUCUGAUUCUGGGAAGACGGAAAGCUGGGUAGGCGAUAUGUGUCAGCGCAAGGACGUCAGUAGCACCUUUGUGUUGAUCGCAGGGACAGUGAUCACACUUAUCCUCUUGAUGGGAGGCUCUGUCUCGUUGCUUUACUCCAUCGGUGGCGAUGAGCUUCCUAGCAUCCUAACAGGUGGUGUGGCAAGUGGAUUGAGGAGAGAAUGA